GCUAUGUAAUUGUGUCCUAGGCAGGGUGUAACCGUAAAGCACCUCAAACAAAGAGACGGUGCCUUCAUAGCAACUUGCUGCUCAGGGGAAUAGAGGAUUCAGGUAUUCGCUUCAGAUAUCCCCGAGCACACACGGGAUCAACAAUAUAUAUAUAUAGAGAGAGCGCGGCAGCCGCCUCUGUGUUACUGACGUGCCUAUAUAGGUUGUGUGUGGGACUGCUGCCCCCCAGGGCGGAGCAGGGAUGUUCGACACACUGUACGACUGCUUCUGGUGGGACCGGAUCUGGCUGCCUGUCAACCUGACGUGGGCGGACCUGGAGGACAGGGACGGACGGGUGUACGCCAAGGCCUCCCAUCUCUACGUCACCGUCCCCUACGCCCUGGUCUUCUUGCUGGUCAGAUACACGUUUGAAAGGUUCAUCGCCACACCAUGCGCUGCCUCCCUUGGGAUCAAGGAGCGAGUUCAUCUGAGGGUCACUGACAAUCCCAUCCUUGAACUUCACUAUCUCUCCCACACCAGAAGCCCUGGCCAGUCUGCUGUCGAUGGGCUGUCCAAGAAGAGUGGCUUGUCAGGCAGGCAAGUUGAGCGCUGGUUCAGAAGACGACGCAAUCAGGACCGACCCGGAGUCCUCAAGAAGUUCAGAGAGGCCAGUUGGAGGUUUGUCUUCUAUCUAUUCACAUUUUUCGGAGGAAUUUUAGCUCUGUAUGAUAAAGAAUGGUUCUAUGAUACUCGACAAGUGUGGACAGGAUUCCCAAAGCAGUCCAUGCUGGAGUCUCAGUACUGGUAUUACGUCCUUGAGAUGAGCUUCUAUGGGUCCCUGCUCUUCAGCAUUACCUUUGAUGUGAAAAGGAAGGACUUCAAGGAGCAGAUUGUUCACCACCUGGCCACCCUGACUCUGCUCUCCUUCUCCUGGUGCGUCAACUACAUCCGCAUCGGGACGCUCGUGAUGCUGGUCCACGACUCCUCCGACGUGCUGCUGGAGUCUGCCAAGUUAUUUAACUAUGCCAAAUGGGAGAGGACGUGCAAUGCACUGUUUGUUGUGUUUGCCAUAGUGUUUAUGGUAACAAGACUGAUCAUCUUUCCAUUCUGGCUGAUCCACUGCACCUGGGUUUACCCGGUCGAGCACUACCCGCCCUUCUUCGGCUACUACUUCUUCAACGUCAUGCUGGUGGUCCUGCUCUUGCUGCAUAUAUUCUGGGCCUACCUCAUUCUCCGCAUGGUCCGCAAGUUCCUGUUCGGCAAGAUGACCAGAGACGAGAGGAGUGACCACGAAGAGGAGGAUGAUGAGGAGGAGGAGGAAGAGGAGGAGGGCACUUCAACCGAGGAGAUGGAGAGGAAGCAGAGCAAUCAUUCAAACGGCUCUGGACGGGUGGUCAGAAAGGAGGGCAAAAACGGCCGCUUUGGACAUUUGUCUCUCGCGGAGACAACCUGCCAAGCAAAGACUGUGUACUGAGCUGGUGGCGUCUACAAUACAUCCACGUUCGGAACAAAUCGGAACGGUGCGCCUAUGGAAUGCCCGAGAACUGCAGCAUUGGAAUGUAUUAUGUUAAAUGUUUAAUAUGCAAUCAAAUGUUAUUUUCAAUACGGAGAAAAUAACAACCAACAAAGUGUGCUUCAAUUAUUAGCACACGCACGUAUUCAUACAACUUGGAGAAAUCUUUCGAGCAUGCGCAGCAUGCAGUGAGCGUCCCUCACAUACAGAGAAGGACGCUAUGAACGGCUCUGCGGCGCUUGAGUUUUUCCACACGGUUGUCAGUAGCAAUGCCCCCGGCUUUGUAAACAUGGGAAGCGAGUGAGAAAAACAGGCGAACAAAAACACAAAAGCUUUUGUUUUCAUUACUUGCGCCUAAUGCAUCCCAUAUUGUCGAAGGGGCUGCGGUAGUGACUUGCAUACUGUCAAAUGUCCCCCCCCCCCCCCCCUCCCCCCCCCCAGGAACAGCUGCCCAGCGUCGGCCCACUUCAUCUAUCAAGACCUGCUGGCAGUGUUGCCAGAUUGGACCAGAUUUCCCGACCAAUCUGGCAACCGUGUCUGCAGCGCGUUGCAGCUAGACGUGGUCAGCGAGGGAUGAAAUGCACUCCAGUAUCGCCCUGGGUUUCUCCAAAUGCUCGUGUUCGGGGUGAGAUGCUGGGAGUGUAGUGGUUGUAAUGUCUUGGCUGCAUGGGCUUCAUUCUUUUUUUUUUUUUUACCGGUUAAGGAGUAGAUAAAUGACUCAACGGCUGAAGGAAGGAAACAACGGUUGAGAGUUUGCUCCGUCCAGCUGUGCUCUGCCGUUCCAGCUCACGUCUCACCUUACUUAAUAACACUAAUAGACGCAAUAAUCAUUCCUUGUACAAAUAAGUGUAAUCGAAUACCGGAGCGUUUAAUGUGAGUUCAUAGAUCGUGAAGUACUAGGCCUAUUGACUGAAACAUUAAGUAAUAGCAGCUUUUGUCUUAAAACCGUUUUUUUUAUGUUUACACAUGGACUCUAUUGGCGGGGCCAAGAAACCCAUGGUUUCAGGUGAUUGCUGAAGGAGUUUUAAUGUGCUUUCAAUGUUGAAGGGAUUCUUACAGAAAGCAUAGUCUGAAUGUUCAAAUAAAUUGAAGUAUUAAUUUUGGAAGUGUUGUAAUGCAGGAAAUAAUAAAAAAAUACCUCAUGGGCAAGUAUCUCUCCUUUUAUUUUUUAGGCUAAAUACUGUUCCAUCAUUGCUGGUCUUUAAUCAGACAUGUACUCUGUUGCUGUGUUUUAUGACUUUGGUGCUGCAGGAAUGAAACGGCAUUAAUUG